AUGUCACCUAACAUCCCCCUACCAUCCGAUGGAGCCAGGGGCGAAGGAACAGAUCACACAGCGACCGCUACCUGCUUCUGUGCAGCGGUCCAGCUCUCAUUCCCUACCGAAGGUCCAGGGCUUGUGACGACUUUGACCUGCCACUGCUCUGAUUGCCACAAGAUCUCUGCUUCAAUGUUCACGUCCGUGUUCAUCGUUAGCGAAGACUCCGUCAAUCAUGUCCGUGGCCAGGACACGCUUACACGGUUCUCCGGGAAGCCAAGAAGCCUCAGCGGAAGUAAGAUGACGAACAGCUUUUGCAGUGUGUGUGGAAGCCUGAUGUAUCGAACAAGCACAAAGUUCCCAGGCCAGCUGUUCAUGAGAAUUGGCACCGUGGAUGAUUUCAACCUGCAUACGACAAAGCUGAAGCCUCAGAUUGAGAUUUUCACGAAGAAUAGAGAGGACUGGCUGAAGGCGGGCGAAGGCUUGCUUCAGUGCGAUGGUGAUUACUUUGCGGACUGGAAGGCACCGUGGGAGGAGUAG